AUGCAGGAUCAGAUUUCUAAGCUGCAUUUGAAAUUACGAGCUUGCAAUUUGUUGAAUUCCGUGGAUGAUGUUGAUUCAAUACAGCAGGAUAGCGACAAUCUUCUGAACAAAAACUUAAAAAAUACGGCUUUAAUUGUUUCACUGAUGCUUCUGUCCAUUCCUUUUCUUUUUUUCAAGUAUGUUGACUUUGUCUCAAAAUCAAGAAGAUCACCAGAAAAUAUCACAGAAGAAGUAUCUUUAAACAAACAGAUAGCAUAUCGGGUGGACGUGUUUUUAUCUGUCCACCCAUAUUCUAAGCCAUUGACAUUGUUGGUGGCAACACUAUUGCUUAUUUGUAUUGGCGGGCUGGCACUUUUUGGUGUGACCGAUGAUAGCUUAGCAGAUUGCCUAUGGUUAUCCUGGACAUACGUUGCUGACUCGGGCAAUCAUGCCAAUUCUGAAGGCAUGGGUCCAAGACUAGUUUCAGUAUCCAUCAGUUUUGGUGGGAUGCUUAUAUUUGCAAUGAUGCUUGGACUUGUUUCUGAUGCAAUUUCCGAGAAAUUUGACUCCCUAAGGAAAGGAAGAAGUGAGGUGGUUGAGCAAAACCACACUCUAAUUCUUGGAUGGAGUGACAAAUUGGGAUCACUAUUGAAUCAACUUGCCAUAGCCAAUGAGAGUUUGGGUGGAGGUAUGGUUGUAUUGAUGGCUGAGCGAGACAAAGAGGAGAUGGAACUUGACAUUGCUAAAAUGGAGUUUGAUUUUAGAGGAACAUCUGUUAUAUGUAGAAGUGGAAGCCCUCUGAUUUUAGCUGACUUGAAAACGGUAUCUGUUUCCAAGGCUCGUGCAAUAAUUGUCCUUGCUGAAGAUGGGAAUGCUGACCAGAGUGAUGCCCGUGCACUUAGGACAGUCUUAAGUUUAACAGGAGUAAAAGAAGGACUGCGGGGACACAUAGUGGUGGAAUUAAGUGAUCUUGAUAACGAGGUCCUUGUUAAACUUGUGGGUGGAGAUCUUGUUGAAACUGUUGUGGCACAUGAUGUAAUUGGUCGCCUAAUGAUUCAAUGUGCUCGACAGCCAGGCCUUGCACAGAUCUGGGAAGAUAUCCUUGGGUUUGAGAAUUGUGAGUUCUACAUUAAAAGGUGGCCACAGUUGGAUGGUAUGCAAUUCGAAGAUGUACUGAUCAGCUUCCCUGAUGCAGUUCCUUGCGGAGUCAAGGCCACAUCCUGUGGUGGAAAAAUUAUUUUGAAUCCCGAUGACUCUUAUGUUUUACAAGAAGGUGAUGAGGUUCUUGUCAUAGCGGAGGAUGAUGAUACUUAUUCUCCCGCAACACUGCCUACGGUGCUUCCCUUUUCUUAGAACAUAGUAUUUUCAAAUGAAUUGCUUGUCAUUUUAUAUUAUUG